UACUUUGUCUUCAAAAUCAAAGGAUAAUAAGGCCAAAAAAGAGAGAAGCCACCUCCCUAUUCAGGAUGUUUCAGCCACUGAUGGGUUCCUGCAAUGCUGAUGUUCUUGAUACCAAACAGAAAAUCAAUGGACGUCUGUACAAGGCUCUAGUGACAUGCAACAAGAAGGAUGUUGUAGAUCUCUGCCAAAGAAUUUCAGAUCAUGCAUUGCACGUAAUAACAGUGAAUGAUGAUACUGUUCUCCACAUGGCUACGUAUGCUAAAGAAGCAGCCUUGGUGGAAAGAUUACUAGAUGAGUUGCCUGAUCAUCAUGUCGACAAGUUGACCCGACAAAAUCGAGUGGGAAACACAAUUCUCCAUGAGACUGCCACUAGCAACCAUGCGAUAUCUGUUGCAGAUAAACUGCUAAAGAGAGCCCCCGGACUGUUAGGUAUGCGCAACCACAAUGGGGAGACGGCUCUGUUUCGUGCAGCUCGGUACGGAAAAACUGAUAUGUUCAACUUUCUAGCUGCUAAAGUCUCUGGAUAUGACGAAGCAGGUCUGCAAUUUUAUGUUCAGAGAAGUGAUAAAACCACUAUCCUCCACAUUGCAAUUCUUUCUGAACACUUCGAUUUGGCAUACCAAAUUGCAUUGGACUACAGACAUUUAAUCAGCGAAAAAGACGGUGAUGGGAUGACGAGUCUUCAACUUCUUUCAUGCAACCCGUCAGCUUUUAAACAAGAGCCUGAAGAUGGAUUCAUCAAGUUAGCUAAAUCCUGUUGCAGUACAGCUUGGCAGGAGAAGGUUCAAAAUCAGAAGGAUAAAUAUAAAUCAGCUGUAGAGCUUGCCAAGCUUUUGUCUAGAAAUGAUACCUCAUGGGAAGUUACUUAUUCUAGCAUUGACCAGAGCAAGCCUAAAAUACACAGAUAUGGAGAGAUAGGUGGGCAAGAAGGGAUGUCUUUGGCUGCUAGAAUUCCUGAGAGAAUGGAUGAUGUUGGUGAAACUCCUUUGAUUUUGGCUACCAAGUCAGGCAUUGUGGAGAUAGUGGAAGAAAUACUCAGGCUUUACCCUCAAGCAGUUGAACAUGUUGACGACGAAGGUCGCAAUGUGUUGCAUGUGGCAAUCAAAUACAGAGAGUUAAAGAUUUUCGAGCUUGUGACGAAAAUGGAAGUGCCCAUGAAGAGACUGGUAAGAAAGAUUGAUAACGAGGGGAAUUCUAUUCUGCACACUGUUGGUAUAAAGAGAAAGGAUUUUGUAUCUGAGAAGAUGGAAGGCCCUGCAUUCCUAUUACAAGAAGAGUUGCUAUGGUUUGAGCGAGUCGAAAAAGUCACUCCACCUCAUUUCAUAAGCCACCAUAACAGUCAGAACCUCUCUGCAGAGUGUUUGUUUAUUACUGCAAACUCUGAACUUCGCAGCUCAGCGAAAGAAUGGAUGAAGAGCACCGCAGAAGGAUCUUCGGUUGUGGCUGUUCUGAUUGCUACAGUCGCCUUUGCAGCAGCCUACACAGUUCCAGGAGGUCCAAAUCAGAGCACCGGUGUUCCUGUCCUCGUUAAUAAACCGUUCUUUGUGGUUUUCACUGUCUCGGACGUACUAUCUCUUACCUUUGCUUUGACAUCAGUUGUGACAUUUCUCUCCAUCCUCUCAUCGCCAUUUCGAUUUAAAGAUUUCAAGCAUACCCUUCCCAAUAAGUUGAUGGCAGGCUUCACAUUUCUGUUCCUUUCCGUGGCUAUGAUGAUGGUAGCAUUUGGAUCAACAAUCUUUCUGACGAUAUACAAUAAGGAAAAUUGGGCUAAAGUUACUCUAUACACAGUCUCUUUUAUCCCAGUUUGCAUCUUCGCGCUAUCUUAUUUUCCUCUAUAUUCCUCACUAUCAAAAACUUACAAAUAUUUGCUCGAAAACUUUCCUCUAACUAAACUUGUUCUAUCCAAACCUUGUAUGAUGAUGUCCAAAUGUUUAAAAUGUUGUCAAGUCCAAACCUCAGAGUCCCACAUUCCAUGAAAUACCCUACAUGGAUGAUAAUAUGUAUUAAUGUUAACAUUGUGCAGCAAGUUAUUGAGUUGUUGAUAAUUGUAAGGAUUUCAAUAAUCAUAUUUAAACCAAUUUAUGAUGAGUGAAGACUA